GUUUGUUGUAAAAUAAUUAAAAUAAAAUUGGUCAUGUUAAAGUUAAGGCAAUUUUUGUAUUGCCAAAUAGCAACACUGUUGGUGGUAGCAAUGCCAGUGGUGGGGUUGUGAGAUAAUAAAAAAGGCGGUAGUCUGAGAAACGAGAGGAGAAAUCAGUGUAUUCGGUAGUGAGCAGAUGUCUAAAGAUUGUAAAAGUGGAGUUUCAAAUAAAGCAAUACAGAAUUAAGUAAACUACUGCAAUCUGUGUAUUAUUUCCUGACUGUUGGAAGUGGAGUCUUACAUCUCAGAAGUGCGGUCGCCUCACUUCCAGAACAUGAAUAGAGAAGGCACACAUCAUUUGAUGACACCCUCGCGCAGCCGUAAAGGAAGCCGAGGCGAAGCGGGUCCCAACCGAUCUCGUACUCGCAGCCGUAGCUCUCGCACGUGCAGCCGGGCCCGGGAGCUGGAACUGUACCAAGAACGUAUCCAGCGACUAGAACAGGAACUGCAGCAAGAGCGGGAGAUGGUACGGCGACGCGAGAGAAGUACACGGCGCCCUUCAGCCGAGAGGCCACUUGCGACCUCUCUUCGUGCAGCUACAGAGGUGCGCCGGAGUGACGAUGCGCGGCAUGCAAAAGUCAACCAUGAACGUCGUGCCACACAUAUCAGGUCACGUAGUCCUUCCUUUUCUACUAAUGAUGUUGUCAAAAUAAUACAGUCUAUUAAGCACGGUCCCGAAUCUCAACCGUUACCGCAGAACACACCGAUGAUUAAUAAAAAUAUAGAUCACAAGAAUAUUCUUCCAAAUUUUGACCCUUCUGUUAAAAAUCAGCGAAUAGACGUGUGGCUGAAAAAGGUUAAUGAAUGCGCGUCGGUUUAUGGUUGGGACGAUAGGACUACUAUACACUUUUCACUACAAAAACUUCAAGGAUUUGCCAAGUUGUGGUUCGAGAGUCUAGAUACGAUCUUGUAUACGUGGCAAGAGUGGCAAGAUAAAUUAAUAAACGCGUUUCCUCACGAACUAAAUUAUGGCCAGUGCUUAGAAGACAUGUUGAGACGAAAAAGCAAGCUUAAUGAACCUAUAGAGCAAUACUAUUAUGAAAAACUGUCUCUGUUAAACCUAUGUGGUAUUUCUGGUAAGCGCGCUGUCGACUGCAUAAUUCACGGAAUUAGUGACAGGACUAUGAAGUCUAGUGCCUUAGCUUUGCGCUGUUCUCUUCCAGAAAAUCUUUUACAGUUUUUAAUGAGUUGGGACACAGAUCAAUUGAUUAAUGAUCAAUCGCAUUUGAGAAAUAAAAAUGCCUCUGACACUGAAUCAAAUUCUAAAAAGAAUUCCGGUCAAGGUAUUUAUUGUUUUAACUGCAAACAGCAGGGGCAUCCGUAUUUACAGUGCCCAAAGCCGCUAGAUAAAUGUAACAAAUGUGGUAAGAUAGGACAUAAAACGGAAACCUGUUUUAAUCAGGAAGAGGGUUCCUCAAUCGGUUUGGUGGUCUCUAAAAAUAACUAGCUCUAGUGCAAAAUUAACCGAAAACUUAUCUUAACGACAUUUUCUUCGAGUCGUAUCACACAUAAAAUAGAGAACAUUCAAGACAAUAUUCCCCAUGAAAGGCUCUGGUUAUAAGUUAAUAUAGUCCUCGGAGAGUAUACCUUUUCAUCUCGAAAUUUGAUGACGUACGUGCUAGUGUUCUGUAGGCUAGGUGACAAUCUGAUGUAAUUCUUCGUUAAUCAAUCAAACAUUACAGAACAAUCGCAUAUCAUUAUUAUGAAAAAUUCAACUACUUAACGGUUUUUAAGCAUGAAUUCUGAACUGUCCCACUCAGAUUUAUAUAAGGAAUAUGAUAAAUCCCUUGAGAGAAAAUAUGUAGCAAGUCUUGAGCAGCUGACAUAGUUAAGAUCUUAAGUAGAUUAUCUAACGAAUAUUUUGAGUUAUCUAAUUAUAAAUCAGGUUCGUUCAGUCAGUCAGUCCGUCUCCCUGGGUUUGAGGGAAUGGGAAUGAAGCAUAAAAUGCUAUAUUCGAUUUAAUAAAGCCCUGGAUACAUGUCGCGUCACUUAAACUUGGUGGAUCAGUGGGAAGUAAAUCUUUACUACUGACCGUGAAUAAUUCUAAGUGUUUAAUAAUUUUUGUCAAUUACAUUAUUUAAUGUCAAUUAUGUAAUAUUAUUGUCAAUUAAUUUGUCAAUUUAAUAACAAUAAAUGGAUGAUUAAAUGAUACACAUAUAUAACUGAAUUGAUGAAGCACUUACGCUACCGAAUUAUUCUUUCUUUGUUUACAGGUCAGGAGCGAGAAUUGAUCGGUUCGCACCUCGACCAGAAAGUCCUUGAGAAUUGAUUGGUUCAAGGCAAGACAGAAAAUACUAUAGCUGAGAAUUGAUUGGUUCAAGGCGAGACAGGAAAUACUACAGCUGAGAAUUGAUUGGUUCAGCUUGUGUAUUUCAUAAAGUCCUUGAGAAUUGAUUGGUUCAAGGCACACAUUAACUGAGAAUUGACUUGUCAUGGCAGUUUCAUAACUGAGAAUUGACUUGGCAUGGCAGUUUCAUAAUUGAGAAUUGACUUGUCAUGGCAUUUUCAUAACUGAGAAUUGACUUGUCAUGGCAGUUUCAUAACUGAGAAUUGACUUGGCAUGGCAGUUUCAUAAUUGAGAAUUGACUUGUCAUGGCAUUUUCAUAACUGAGAAUUGACUUGUCAUGGCAGUUUCAUAACUGAGAAUUGACUUGGCAUGGCAGUUUCAUAAUUGAGAAUUGACUUGUCAUGGCAUUUUCAUAACUGAGAAUUGACUUGUCAUGGCAGUUUCAUAACUGAGAAUUGACUUGGCAUGGCAGUUUCAUAAUUGAGAAUUGACUUGUCAUGGCAUUUUCAUAACUGAGAAUUGACUUGUCAUGGCAUUUUCAUAACUGAGAAUUGACUUGUCAUGGCAGUUUCAUAAUUGAGAAUUGACUUGUCAUGGCAGUUUCAUAAUUGAGAAUUGACUUGUCAUGGCAGUAACACAACUAAAAAUUGGCUUGUUAUGGCAGUUUACAACUGAGAAUUUACUGUCUGUUUCGAAGAAAUUUUGAUAUGUAUAACUUUUAAGGAGUAUUUUGUUUCACUUAAAUGAAAAAAUGUUAAGUGCCUCUUUUUUUUUGUAAUUUACUGUUAACGCUGUUACGCUGACGACUAAUAUUGGCCUAAUGUAAGGUUACCACCUGGGUCAUGUAUGGGGACAUACAUGGUGUCAGGACGGUCGAAUGUAAGGUUUGUUGUAAAAUAAUUAAAAUAAAAUUGGUCAUGUUAAAGUUAAGGCAAUUUUUGUAUUGCCAAAUAGCAACACUGUUGGUGGUAGCAAUGCCAGUGGUGGGGUUGUGAGAUAAUAAAAAAGGCGGUAGUCUGAGAAACGAGAGGAGAAAUCAGUGUAUUCGGUAGUGAGCAGAUGUCUAAAGAUUGUAAAAGUGGAGUUUCAAAUAAAGCAAUACAGAAUUAAGUAAACUACUGCAA